GCUCAUUUCGCUGCUCUCAGUUAACAUAGCAUCAGCAUCACCAACGACCAUCUCUCAUAAAAGCCGCCGUGUGCCGAAGAGCAACAGGGGGUUACUGCGAGCUGUACAGGCUUCAAGAACGAGUGCUGAUUUUACAACUGGAAAUAGGUUUUUCGUGCCCAGUUGCUUUAAACGAACUCUAUUAAGAAAAUAACAAGAAUCUACCCUUGUAUUUCCAAGAAGAACAACGUCCAAAUUUAACGGGACCUCUACACUGACGAACAGCAAUCUCUAAAAAAACAAUAUGAGGACAUCUGGAGUAAGCGGAAACAGCGCCAUUGCAUUAUUGUUCCUCAUAACAAGCUCUAUAAUUCUACAAUCUGCUACAAUAAGCGCACAACAACAGGCAAGUUAUCCUGGUCUCUAUUCUCCGCUCUACCUAGAACGACAAAGUCCUAAAUAUCUCAUUCAGACGAUUUCCAGAUUAAGACAAGCACUAUUGAAUGACGAGGAAAUGGAAAACAUAUCUUCAAAACGGUCCUAUAAUCCUGCCAGGCUGGAUUUGGAACAUGACAGAAAGAGAAUUGCAGCAGAUUUUGGCACGGGUCGGGCAAGGCCUGGAGUUAUUGAGAAUAGAUUGAGACUUUUUAACACCAUUGGAAGAUAAUUUAAACCAUUUUGAAAUAAUAGAUGGUUUUUACAAGAUUUUUUACACUUAAUUAAUUUUUAAUAUAUGUAAUUAACAAAAAUGUAUUUAUAGUAUAUAUUAUUAUUUAUAAAGAUUUAAAGCGAUUGUUUAAAAUACAUAUCUU